GCUAUCUCCUCCACCUCUUUAGAGUUAAUACACCUUGAGCAUCUCUGAAUCACGGCUCUCUUCCUUCGAGGAAACCUGCCCUCCUCCUCCUCCUCCUCCUAGUAAAUCAAGUUCUUCCUCUCCUGCUUUCUUCAUCUUAUUUUUCUUAUUCUAAGUUAAAACAAAGAAAAAAGCAACAUGUCAAGCGCUUUGGAUAUGUCCCUCGACGACAUCAUCAAAAAUAGCAAAAAGCCCGGAUCCGGUAACUUCCGGGGCCGUGGUCGAGGCCACUCUUCCGGAGCCGGUCCUGCUCGCCGCUUCCCUAACCGCGCCGCCAAUCGUUCAGCUCCUUAUACCGCCGCUAAGGCUCCGGAAAGCACGUGGCAACACGACAUGUUCAGGGAUCAACCAGGUCGGACCUCCUCUUUAGAAGGAGCAAAGCUCUAUGUUUCCAAUUUAGAUUAUGGAGUCUCUAACGAGGACAUCAAGGAAUUGUUUUUGGAAGUGGGUGAACUGAAAAGGUAUUCGAUCCAUUACGAUCGGAGUGGCAGAUCGAAGGGAACGGCAGAAGUUGUCUUCGCACGACAAGCUGAAGCUGUCGCUGCUGUUAAGAGAUACAACAAUGUUCAGCUUGAUGGGAAACCGAUGAAGAUAGAGAUUGUGGGAACAAAUUUUGUUGCUCCUCCUGCGCCUCCGGCUGCUAAUGCUGCUUUUGGAAAUUCUAAUGGAGUUUCUGGACGUGGACGAGGUAGGGGUGGUGCACUGGGAAGACUGCGUGGUGGUGGUGUCAGUGGCAGCGGCGGUGGACGUGGAUUUGGAAGGGGACGCGGACGUGGAAGGGGCCGUGGUGAAAAGGUAUCUGCUGAAGAUCUUGAUGCAGAUUUGGAGAAGUAUCAUUCAGAAGCUAUGCAGAUAAAUUGAAGUCAUUCCUGGUGUCUUGUUGGUUGGUCCAACAUCUUUCUUUCAUUGCUUUUGUGUGCUCGAUCAUGCAGCAAUGGAACUAUCUUCUAUGUCUCAGCCAAGUCGUCUUAGUGAUUUCACAAAUACUUCUUAGAGAGAACUAUCGUAAUCUUUAUUGUGGAAGUUUGGGGCUGUUAUCAUGUAAUGUUCGGUUAAUGGAGAGCUAUCUGUAUGUAAUGUACUGUUACUUUUUGUUUGGUUAGCUUUAUGAUUUUAUAAGUUGGGAUAGGGAGUAGAACUAUUUUAUUGUUUUUUCUUAGACAAAGAAAAUGCUGUCUGCAAGGAGUGGAGAACCGAACUUUGACAGGAACUGCCUGAUGCUCUAUUGUCUACUGGUUGCAUCGUCAUCAUAAAAUCAGGGGGAUAAGAAUGGAGGUAGAUUUCUUCAUAUUUCUUCCAUUGAAAUGGAUUGUCUUUAACUGUUAGCACAGGCCCCUUGUUAACGUUCUUUCUUAAUGGCUAGGUUCUUGUUCAAGUUUCAUCUA